AUGUUGGUUAAUCAUUCGUCCAAAUCCAAUGCCUCUGGAAUGUUGUCAUCUCUUAGCGAAAAACGUAGAACAUCGUUAUCUACUAUCAGAUCAAGGGAGUCGUUUGGAUGUUCGUUGAAACAUCAAUUUGGAUUGGUAUACACUGCAAUUUGCGGUAAGUACAAAACAUGCCCGGUUCCAUGGGUGAAAUUUAGUGUUAAGACGAACUCCAUUGAAAUUUUGGGUGAUCGAAUGAAAGUUGACAAUUGGCGAGCUGCAUUGGAAGCUCUGAGCACUGAUACCAGUACCCAUCAUGUGCGCAUAAAAAAUAAACGGUACACUGAAGCAUUGGCAACAAACUACGCCACAUUCGAUAAUGCCGUUGAGGCACCAAAAAACGUUGUCGCUGUGAGCACACUAUACGUAGUUCGGGAGAUCGCUAAUUCCGUUUACGARGUAAUGAUCAACACAACUGCACUGGUUUGUCUUGAACUGGAAAACGUACUGUUUGACGAACAAGCUCUAGGAACACUCAUAUCCGGUAUCAACACUAACCAAACAAUCCAGCACUUGUCCCUGGCCUACAGCCGCAUCGGAGACGGUGCCUGUCUAUUGCUCUGCCGGGUGCUCAGGGACAAACCAAACAUCCGAUCUGUGGAUCUGUCUGGAUGUUCUCUAAGCCAUGCUUCGGCAAAGUCCGGUCUGCUAGAUGUGAUAAAAAAACAGCAGGUUAAGCGGCACGAAGAAUGUUGGGCGCACUCGCUGAGGUAUAGGACUGCCAAUCCGGAUAUCAUGCACGGGUUGCGGAGGUUGACGCUCAACGAUAAUACCAGCAUUGGUGACGCUGGAGUUGCUGACUUGUUCGAGUCGUUGAAAGACGACUUUUAUGUGAAAGCCGUGGACUUACAGAAUUGYGGGCUUACAGAUCGUGGCGCUCAGUUGGCGCUGUCCACGUUGAUGAUCAACGACUCAUUAGUCGUGUUGGACGUCCGGAAAAAUGACAUUAUAUCUUCAGCCAUGUUGGAAGCGAUUAUGACCAGGUUGUACGAGAACAACAUCAACAAAAACGAGACCAAACAGUGGAAAUGGACCAAGCUYGGUCGGGAAAACGAAUUAGAAUCGUCAUACACAUAA